AUGAGAUCCAUCGGGUUGCUCGGUGACGUCCCCACUACGUCCUUUUUCAGUAUGAUGCCGAUGAGCUUACCUUCCUCUUUCUCUCCCAAGCGCAAACGAGAGCCCUCAGAAUCAGACUUCUAUAGCCCCUCAGCCUCACCCACAUCGCUAGCCUCUAUCGAUAGUUUUCAAGAGGUUCCACUUCGGGACGAGGACGAGCUGGAAAGCUAUAGUCCUCGCGCUGCAGUGGCUGGACGAUUCGGAGAGUUAGCCAUUCGUGGCGACCUUCUUUCGGACCCUGGAACUUUGACUUGCAACUCGCGGCUAGGAUCUCUGGCUCUACCGGCGCAGAAAGCAUGCGAGCCUGACAGCCACGAGCUCAAGAAUAUGCCUGAAGCCCUACCGGCAACUAGCAGCGAACCUGGUGACCGCCAAGCUUUGCGAUUCGAGCCGCCCGCAACACAGGAUCCGACUCCCUUGCCGACUUCCUUGUCUAUUUCCCCCUCAAAGAGGAAGUCUGAAACUUUCUCUCGCAAACAGUUGAAUCCAUCAUCGCCAUCUAAACGCAAACAACGACUAUCCCCCCUCCUGCGGACACUCCGCCACAACCCAUCCGACCCAACGGAUGAUGGAUAUGGGAUCAACGGUAUAGGCUUCAAGCCCACCGCCUCAAUUGCGUGGGAAAGAUCACAGAAGCGACAAAAGCAAGUGGCAGAAUGGAAGAAUCGCGAAGCCCGGGAAGCUCGUGAAAGACGACGCGAAAGGAGGAGGGAUGGCGUUGAGCUAGAUAAAUUGCACGGCAGAAACGAAGAUGCCAUUCAGAAGCGCGUGAAAUUCAAUUUCUAG